UUAUCAACCUCACCUCCAAACGACGAAAAACCGCUCCUUCACCUCAACCCCCGCGAGACCGACCCCAGAUUAUUCAAGAUGGCUGCAAUCAUCAAGGCUGCUAAUGCCAAGAUCCGGUCCAACCCGGUAUCUGAUUACAUCUGCUCGACCCACUUCUGGGGUCCCGUCUCCAACUUCGGCAUUCCCCUUGCCGCCAUCAUGGACACCCAGAAGAGCCCUGAACUCAUCUCGGGACAGAUGACCGGUGCCCUCAUCAUCUACGCCGGUACCUUCAUGCGCUACUCUCUGGCUGUGACACCCCGAAACUACCUCCUCUUUGCCUGCCACUUCGUCAACGCCGGCGCCCAGCUCACCCAAGGAUACCGAUGGCUCAACUACCACUACUGGGGCGGAAAGGAGAACAUGGCAAAGGAGCAGCUGGUGCAGGCGGCAGAGGUGGCCAAGAACAAGGUUGAGAAGGCCGGCGAGAAGGUUCAGAGCGCCGUCAGCAAAUAA